AUGUUUAGGAAAAAUAUUGACUGCUUAUGUGAUAAUAAUGGUGUUUGGUUUAAGGAUAGUGAGGAUAUUGCAAAAAUGCAUGUUAACCAUUUUGAGCAAGUAAGUAAAACUUCUAAUCCUAAGUUUACUGAUAUCACUUUUGACAUCAUCCCUACUGUUAUUACUGCUCAAGAUAAUUCUCAGCUCAAUAAAAUACCUUCUACUGAUGAAAUCUUUCAAACUAUUAAGAAUAUGAAUGUUUGGGGUUCACCUGGCGCUGACGGUUUCCAAUCUGGUUUCUACAAAUACAAUUGGGAUAUAAUUGGACAAGAUGUUACUAAUGAUGUUCAAGGUUUUUUUGGAACAGGUUUUAUGCCAACAACUUUCAAUAAAACUUAUCUUAGUUUGAUUCCUAAGACUGAUAAUGCUACUAAACCUGUGGAUUUCAGGCCUAUAAGUUUGUGGAAUACUAUUUAUAAGGUUAUCUCUAAGAUUAUGGAAGAUAGAAUUAAACCUCACUUAAAACAUAUGAUUUCUCCUUAUCAAGCUGCCUUUGUUCCUGGUAGAGAUAUACAUGACAACAUUAUUGUUGCUCAUGAGAUGAUUCACACUAUGAAGCACAAAGCAGGACAUAGUGGUACUAUGGCUUUAAAACUUGAUAUUUCUAAAGCCUUUGAUAGAAUAGAAUGGCCUUUUUUUGCUAGGAAUUCUUAUAAUUUUUGGCUGCUAUUAAAUGCUGAAACUAAUCAUCAAAUUUCAGGAGUUAAAGUAGCUAGGAAUGCUCCAGCUGAUAUGCACAAUAUUGCCGGUAUUAUGAAUAAUCUAAACUAUUUUGGUAGUGUUUCUGGUCAAAUGCUCAAUUUGGAUAAGUCAAAUGUUUAUUUUAGUCAUAAUCUUAGUCCUAGUUCUAGAGAAAUUAUUGCUAGAGAACUUAAAAUGACUAAAAUGAAGGACAGUGAUACCUAUUUGGGAGUCACUUUGUUGAUAGGGAGAAACAAAACUAAAUCUUUUAAGCCUCUGAUUCAAUUCUUUGGUUCUAGACUUAAGACUUGGAAAGGAAAAACUAUGAAUCACUCUGCUAGAACUGUCAUGGUUAAACAUGUUUUAAAUGCUUUACCUACUUAUCAGAUGGGUUGUUUUAGAAUUCCUAAAACUAAGAUUGAUCAAAUGGAUGUUAUUCAAAAACAUUUCUGGUGGGGACAUAGUAGUAACAGAGGCCUUUGUUUGAUAGGUUGGAAUAAUAUAAGAAUUCUUAAGUCUUUGGGUGGUCUGGGAUUUAGAAACCUUGAACAUUUUAAUACUGCUAUGUUAACUAAGUUGGCAUGGAAAGCUUCUAAUGAUGACAAUUCCCUUUGUAUGCAAAUUGUUAGAGCAAAAUAUGGUAAAAAUGACAGUUUACUCCAUCUAGAUAAGUUAAAAGAUGAUUCUUCUUGGCUUUGGAAAAGUAUUUACUCUGGCAUUGAGGUCGUGCAACAAUAUUCUAUGUGGAUAGUUCAGCGUGGCACUAAAAUUAACAUAUGGCUUGAUAAUUGGAUUAUCGGUUUCAAUAGUCCACCUGUCCCAAUUGUGGGUCUUUCUAGCAUGUUAUCUUACACUUUAGUUUGUGAUAUAUUUCUAUCUGGUACUCGAAUUUGGAAUGAACAACUUAUCUGUUCUAUCUUCAAUCAAGAGACCUCAUCUGCUAUCCUAAACAUGCUUAUUCCUUCUACUGGUGAAGAUUAUCUGAUUUGGAAACCUGACAGAAAAGGUGAAGAACUCCAGAAUGAUUACGGAAAUGAGAGUUCUGCGAUUAAGUUAAUGUGCACUGUCUGGUAUAUCUGGAAGGACAGGUAA